CCAAUAAGCAUCCAGCGUGAAGUUGCAUAUGCAGCUAAGUGAUUUUGUGUGUGAUGACCCUAAGAAGGGUUAUAACUGCACCGAGCCGCGUGGUUUUGCAAUGCGAGUAAUGUUCAAUAGAAAAUAUUUGUGAAAUGAAUCUGAUAUCCGGUGACAACAACAAUCAGAAUUGCUAAAUUACAGAAUCUUACUGUGAAAACAACAAGAACAAGUUUGAGUAAGAGCGAAUGUGUUGUUUAAACCUAAAAAUCGUGUAAAAUUAAGUAUACCAUUUUUUUGAGCAUAUAAAAGAUGGUAAGGCAUAACAAUCAAUUGCCAGAUAACCUUCCACAAUUACAGAAUCUGAUCAAACGUGAUUCGGAAUCGUACAAAGAGGAAUUCCUCCAGCAACAUGAACAUUAUAGAUCUACACUAGAAGUCUUUCGUCUAGAGCCCACGCAGUUUAAUAAAAAACUUGAUGAACUGGUAACCUUCUUGGCUCAGGUAGCUCAUUGUUAUCCAGACGACCUGAAGACUUAUCCUCAAGAGAUUGUCGAUAUAUUAAAAACACAUAAUGUUAUAUUAGACAAUGAGAUGCGAAUGACAUUUUGCAAAGCGUUGAUCCAGUUACGCAACAAAUCUCUUCUCGAGCCUACCGCGCUUCUCAGUUUAUUUUUCGAAUUAUUAAAAUGUCAGAAUAAGAUUUUGCGACAAUUUCUUCAAACGCACAUAGUCACAGAUGUGAAAAAUAUCAAUGCAAAACAUAAAAAUUCCAAAGUCAACACUGUGCUGCAGAAUUUCAUGUUUUCAAUGCUGAAAGAUCCCAAUGCCAAAGCUGCGAAGAUGUCCGUAGACAUUAUGAUAGAGUUGUACAAUAAAAAUGUGUGGAACGACGUGAAAACGGUGAAUGUUAUAGCAACGGGUUGCUUCUCCAAGGUGACCAAAGUAUCAGUUGCUAGCAUGAAAUUCUUCUUGGGGACCGAUCCCGAAGAGAAGGACAGCGACGAUAGCGACUCGGAUGACGAGCCAAACAUGAGGGAAGUUAUGCUGGCCAACAAAGUGAACAAGAAAACGAAGAAACGAGAGAAACAAUUGAAGAAAGUUAAACAGUUAUAUGUAAAAACGAAAAAGAAAAAAUCCAACGCACCGCAGUAUAAUUUUUCGGCGCUGCAUUUGAUUCACGAUCCUCAGGAAUUUGCAGAGAAAUUGUUCAAGCAGAUCGAAAAGAACAACGACAGAUUCGAAGUGAAGCUCAUGACUCUGGAUGUUGUUUCCAGACUCAUUGGUUUGCACAAUUUAUUCCUACUGAACUUUUAUCCUUACAUACAGAGAUUUCUUCAACCUCAUCAACGAGAGGUUACCAAACUUUUACAGUUCGUGGCGCAAGCCUCCCACGAAUUGGUACCACCCGAUGUGUUGGAGCCCGUCCUGAAGACCCUGGUAAAUAACUUUGUGACUGAAAGGAAUUCCGCGGACGUGAUAGCAAUUGGAUUGAAUGCCGUGCGUGAAGUUUGUGCACGGUGUCCGUUGGCUAUGAACGAAGAUCUACUGGAAGAUUUAACGCGAUACAAGCAGUACAAGGAACGCUCCGUUAUGAUGGCCGCGCAGUCCCUGAUCGGAGCGUUCAGACGCAUAAUGCCCGAUUUGCUGCGUAAAAAAGACAGAGGUCGUCCCACAGAAGCCAAUGUUAUGAUAAAACCAUCGAAAUACGGUGAGAUUCGAGCGAGCGAAUUUAUACCCGGAGCGGAAGUUUUGCGUGGUAAGCCCGUUGAGAUGUUUGAAGAAACUAGCGACACUAGCGAUUCAGACGACGAUGAUGAGUGGGUUGAUGUAAGUCAUAGUAGCGGGGAAGAAGAAAAUAGCGACGACGAGUCAGCGGCCGAUGAAAGCGAAGAUGAAACAUUGACGUCUCCUAUUGACAAACAAACGUUGACACAUUUCGUUGACGACAAAACGGCGGUUUCUCCCAAUCGAAAAAAGACUGUUUUAACGAAGCAGCAAAAGAAGGCGCAAAAAUUAGAAAAGAAAUCGAAGCAGAAGACGGAGCGAAACGAGGAAUUAACGGCCGAAAGGAAAAUUCAAGCUUCCGUGAUAUCCAGAGAACGCUUGUUCACGGACAAAGACUUCAGGAAGAUCGACGUUGCGUUAGCAAAACAAGAAGUGACAUACGUCAAACGCGGGAUCAAGAGAACGCACGAUCAAGUUCAGACAGAGAAACCGAGCGGGGAAUUGGUGAAGCUCAGUGAUAUAGAAAAUAUAUAUAAGAAACGAAAACACGACAAGGAUGCCCGACAGAAAUCGGUAAAGAAAGGACAAGAAGGAAGAGAUCAGUUCGGCUUCAAAGAUCGUCGACAGAAUCCACUGUGCAGUAGAACAAAUCGCGAGAAGAAAAAAGGUAAAGCAUUCUUGAUGUUGAAACAUAAAUUGAAAUCGAAAGUAAAACGGUCUUUCAGAGAGAAACAACUAGCUCUUAAAAAUCAUUUGAUCAAGCAGAAAAAAAUGAAAUAAAAUGUAACACAGUUUUAUAUAA